UUGCUGGGUUUGUUAAAAACUGUUUGAACUGAGCCCGAGCAGCUGCAACCUAGAGGAACAUAUUUUCAGCAGCUACGUCUUCUUAGUUCAAACAGUUUUUUACAAAACCAGCAAAAUGAGGGAAAGAAGAGACCAUUGUGCUAACAUGGCAUCUGUGAAGACUCUGCUUAAUCUUGGACUCUGUUUGUCUGCCUGGAGCAUCACCACUGCAGAUGAGAACACUGUCCCCACAGCAGAGAAUGUUCACUGGAUGUCACUGGACUUUAAGACCAUUCUCACCUGGACUUCCAAACCAUCUGACCACACAUACACUGUCCUGUACGCGAUGGAUCAUGGGGACUGGACAGAAAGUCUCGACUGCAGCCAAAUGUCAGAGACAACAUGUGAUCUUACUGCUCACCUCGUGCCCUUGGACAGGACCUACUCUGCUGACAUUCAAAUAGAAUCUGCAGAUAUUGACGACAACUCUGAUCCGGACGAUUUACCUCACACUUUUUCUCCACAGUUCAACCCCUAUAGAGAGAGUAACAUCAGUGCUGUUGAAUUCAGUGUGGAGGCCACCAAUGGGAGCAAAGUAAUUGUCAACAUCACAGAUCAUGUGACCGCUCUUCAUGAUGCUAGUGGAAGGCCGCUCAACAUCAGAGACAUUCUCCAAAAGGAUCUCAAGUACAAGAUUAGCUACUACAAGUCCGGAAGCACAGGAAAGAGAGACAUCAUAAGUGAUUCCAGUGUGGCAGAGGUAUCACAGCUAGAUUCAGGACAAAGUUACUGCUUCAUGGUGGCAGCUUACAUCCCGUCCAGACCCAAAGCCACCCAGCUGGGAACCUGGAGCAAACAACAGUGUGCAUAUGUAGAUGGAAACGUCCUGCAAGAUUUGAGUCUUGGAGCGUGGGUUGGUGCAGUCUUCAUCCUGCUUACAGUCCUCAUCAUCAUCGUUACAGUGACUGUUCUCUGCUGCAGAUGCUGCCGACAACGAAACAGAACAUUUCAAACAUCUCAGUCAUCGGUGCCUGUCUAGUGUUUAGUGUGCGUGUUUUUUUUGUUUUUUGUUUUUCAAACACAGGGGGCUGGUCUCUCUUCAGUUUUCUGUCUUCUCUUUGUUUCUGAGAAAACAUCCGUCCACAUCAUUUUUGUUUUUUAUUUCUGCCUGUCCCAUGUGUUUGAAGGACCUAUUUUACCUGUAAGCAUCAGUACAUCAAGAAUUGACUGUUAUAGGAUAUCAAUUGUUGACCACUGUAUUCAAGCCUGGAUUACUAACCAAGACCCCCACAGGCACUGAAAGCCAGGUUUUCUGCAAAUUAUUUGGGUCUAAAUAACUCGACUAUAGCAGAAAUUCGCACCACUGAAGGACAAUAUCAGCUAUGAUCUUGUCUGGUUGACUCUGUGUCAAAAUCUUGUUUUAUAUAGUUACAGUUCAUAUAUGUUGAGUUUACCAUCAUGGAAAUCCAUGAAAGCUGUAAAUCCUUAAUGUAAAAUUGAUUUAAGUAUUUAAUACAUUUUAAAAACACUACUUGAUUAUUGCAAUUGUUGACAUUCUUUUUUUAUCAGUCCAUUGAUUAUUAAGUAAUCGUUUCAGCUCUAAGUUAGUUGCUGGAUGUCUGAGAACAUAUUGACCCUGACAUGUCCUGUGGUUUUCAAUAAAGGCCUCGCAACAAA